AUGGGAUUGGUCUCGAUAUGGGCAACUGAAGAAACGGGGGGAGAGAAACCAAGUGGCGCCAAGCUAGAAACCCCAAAGGGGGGAAAGUUGGGAAACAAAUGGAGUAAACCAAUAACGCUGACAUCAAAAUUAGAAAGUCAAUGGGCGAGUAAUAGUAGCGACACCAAAGAAGAGAGCAACACCCAUUCGAAGAAGGGUAGAGGAGAUAGGAGCUCUUACAAGCACGACAACGAUACCCCACGCUUCAACAAGACAAGUGAUAGAGCACAUGGACUCAAAUCUUAUCAAGAUAAGGAUCACCGAAGACGACAUCAGAAGGGCCAACGCACCGACAAUAGUCUACAUGGAAAGCACAUAGACCAUGAAACGUUCCAAGCACCUGUGGCUAACGCUAUAGAUGACUCAGAUGAAGAAACAGUUGUUUCGGAUAAAUUGUAUGCUAAAGGACCCAUGACCAAAGCUGCACAAUCUUUGGCUGCUAGAAUUACAAUUGAGCCUAAAAGAAGUGAGACAGAUGCAGAUGACACCACUGCUUGGAAAGAGGUUAGUGAUGACGAUGAGGUGAAAGAAAAAGAGGCAGGAAGAUUAAAGAAGCCAACGCAGGGUAAGUCAUUGGCCACACGAUUGGACAACUUGAGCUUCAAAGAAGCUAAACACAAAACAACGGACGCAGGCUCAUCCAGGACAAAAGAACGAAGGGGAAUGAAGAAAGAUGUACACAAACAACCAUCGGAUCGACUUGCGAAAGGAAAUAAAACCACAAAGCCAGGCGCGGAGAAGGUAAACCCGAUAGAUGAACAAGCAGCCAAAGAGAGAGAGGAGAAAGAGAAAGUAGAAUUGCUUAAGAUGAUUGAAGAGUUUGAAAGUAAAAAGAUCGAUUGGGCUAGUUUUGAGGAGUAG